AUGACAGCCCUAACUGCGGAGUACGCACUGAGGUCGGACCCCUCGCCAUGUCGCCGUCUCUCCUCGCCGUGGUCCUGUUGCUGUGGUUACUUCUUGAACAUGUCCUGCAGGGGGCCAGGCAGGAACUUGAGCACGGUGUCCAGGAUGCUCUCCUCGUCUUCGUCGUCUUCGUCGCCACAGCCUUUGGGCACGGCCUUUUUAGGGCGUGUCAGUGAACCCUCACACGCCUGCUCCAGGGCCGCCUUCUCCUCCGCCUCCUUCUCCUCCUUCUUCUUCAGCCCGUACUAA